UUAGCUGUUUGGAGAAGCCACUCCGUCUGUUCCUGCCUUGUCCUUCCUUCGACAUCUAUCAAUUGGAUACAAGAAUGUCUUGAACUCUAUGAGGCACUGUGACAUCUUAGUUUGCGUGCUCCAGGGCCUUUUUCUGGCAUACAGGCCGCCUGUUACGGCAGCUGAAACCGUGCUUCUUCGAAUUAGGGUGUUGCAGAGUUGCAAGCUGAAACUCGCCAGCUCGGAGGAAAGUGGACAGCUCGAGCUCCCCCGGAUCUUGGCUCCGUCACCCUCUCUUUCUUGGUGCAGAUCUUUGGCGAUCAUCGAUCUUGCCGGCUGCCAGCUUUCUCCUCCAUGGCCUGUUUUUGCAUUCAUGCCUCUAUGGACCUUGUCUAUUCGCUACUUGACAGCUCGUGUUACUUAUACCAGACUUUCACGUGCUCGGUCGACAAGCUAUGAAAGUCCGUCUGGCAUCAAGACUAUUGGCGUGUUAACACCAUGCAUCGAAACCAUGUUUGCACCAAGCAUGAUACCAACUCAUCAUGCGGAUCGAUUUCAUCAUUACACAUCUACCGAAGCUGAGGUUCCCGAUCGUAUGGUCGUAUCUGAAGAAAACAUCUGUGAGUGCGGGUGUUGAUGUCAGAAGGCAAGGCCAACCAUUGUCACGUCUCAGGUUCGGCCUUAAAGGACCCUAAAACAAAUUAGCGUCAUUGUUUCUGGUUCGAGAGGUCUCGGAACUCAGCUGUCUUAUACUAUGGCGACGGCUCAAAGUAACAUUUCAGUGAACCUCGUGUCGUUCAACCAGUCUUUACCCUCGAAUCUGCGAUUCGUCACACUCGUUUUUUGAAGCCUCUGUUCUUUCGUUUGUACCAACCUGA